UAUGAUGAAUGUGGCUGCUAGUCAUCAAUCUUGCUUGUUUCUUGCGUCGGCUAAACAAAUUACUAGAUUUCUUUUCUUUUUUAGGAUAUCCACCCACUUAAUAAUAGAGUACGUGACAUGAUACCAUACGACAAGAACUCGUCUCAUAUAAAUUCACCACUUCAUCUGAUCUGAUAGUAUCAAACAUCAAAAUGGAACAGAACAAAGCAAGCAUUGUGUCACAACUUCAACAUUUGAAGCAGCAAAGUGGUAAGUCUUAUACUCAGUUAGCAGAUGAAACAGGACUCACCAAUGUCUAUGUUGCUCAGCUUCUCAGAAGACAAGCGCAGCUCAAACCUGAAACUGCCCCUAAACUCCAGGCAGCACUGCCCGACCUGCCCAAACAGCUUGUCGAUGAGAUGAUGAAACCUCCUUUGAGGUCUUAUGACCCUAAUAUCAUCCAAGACCCCACUAUUUACCGGUUGAAUGAAGCUGUUAUGCAUUUUGGUGAGAGCAUCAAAGAAAUUAUCAACGAGGAGUAUGGCGAUGGGAUCAUGUCGGCGAUAGAUUUUUUCUGCUCGGUUGACAAAAUUAAAGGAGUUGAUGGGAAGGAACGUGUGGUAUUGACAUUCGACGGGAAAUAUUUGCCACAUACAGAGCAGAAAACAGAGCAUAUGGUUUCAAGAACAAGGCCACUGGAGAAACAGUGAGUAUCUUCUUGCCUAGAACAACACCAAAAUCUUCAUGCACAAGAUGUAUUUGAUUCAUGCACAAGAUGUAUUUGAUCACUGCUACUUUGGUAUUGCCUACAUAUAUAAAAAUAAAACAAUAAGGUUUAAAUAAUUAGAAGUUGCCAUACAUUAUUAACUGUUUAUGGCGCAGCUUGUAUUGUGCUUGGUUUGGUUUUUAUUUUGGUUACAUUGGAUUAGCAUGUUAAACCAACGUAAUAAUAGUUUAUGUAUGCAUAUUUAUUUUGUCCCAUUUAAUAAAAAAAUGUGCAAUCGUUUAUAUUUGUGGAAA